AGCUGCUGCCGCUUCCCACACAUCAUCAGUCAGCUCAUUGAUACUUGGAAACCAGCUAUACUAUCGGUGAGUUCCUUCAAUGUACUGUUCAUAUGACUUAGAAUAUAGGUCAGAUGUCGCCUCAGCAUGUUUUCUCCAUGUAAAUAAGACUGUUUUUUUGUGACUUCUUAAAAUUACGAUCUGCUUUAAUACACGGAAGUAAUAGACAGUUUUCUCCUUUGGGUUAUAUUGUUUAAAAAGUCGUAUUAUUCUUAUUAGACACGCAAUUUGUUUUGUUUAUCUUUCUAGGUUGCGAUUCAACAGACAUGGCAGCAGUCGCAGUCAUCUCGAAUCAAGUAAGUCUGCUGGAAAGUUAAAGAGAAGUUGUUUAGCUGGCUUUGUUCGUCAUUUGAGAAACAGAAAGUUGAUAUAAAUGAUAUCAUUCCCUCUGUUAUUACAGUAUAUUAAGGUAAAGUCUACUCAGAUUAGACAGGUCAAUGCCCUCUUGCACUUGAGUACACCUUGGAUGAAAAAUAGAGUAAAAUUGUUGACAUGUCAUGUGUAUUUUCUUACAGAAUGUGGUGGAGAGGGUCAGCAGUCUCCCUCUAGUGAGCUCCACCUAUGGCCUGGUGUCCAGCAUGUACUGCAACACCAAGGACACCCACCCGUACCUCAAGACCGUGUGUGAGGCUGCUGAACAAGGGGUCCGCAACAUCACCUCUGUGGUCUACACCACAGCUUCACCCAUCAUUUACAAGCUGGAGCCUCAGAGUAAGAACCCUUUACACUUUACCCUUCAGAUAAUGUCUUUAAAGUCAAGGAUUUCAUAAACUGAAACUGUGAGAUUUGACACGUUGAGCUGUCCAGCUGAGUCAGUCAGACCAUAAAACAGGAAGUUCAGGUCAGGCGAUCGCCUCUGACUCAUCAUGAUCUUUCACCCAGUUUUUCUGUUUACUCACCCUGAUAAAACUUGGCAUCUUAAUCUUUUUAUCAUAACACUUGUUCACUUUUCUGCCUAAUUUUUUUUUAACAUAAAAUUUUGUUUGAUGAAUUUAAAAGCAAACUGAAAACAUACAUUUUUAGUCUUGCUUUUAACUAAAUUGUAGUGUUUUAGCAUUUAUUUCUUCUAGUUUUAAUGACAGGAUCAUCUUUUAUUGAGCUAUUUUGGUGCUCUUAAGUUAGUAUCUUUUACUGUUGUUUUUAUUUCAUUUUAUUUAUUUCUUAAAUUUCCUUUUAUGUGACUUUGUUUUUAGAUUUUAAAUCUACAGUGUGUCUUUUAUCGUGAAUUUUAUUCUGAUUUUAAAAUAGCGUUCCGUCAGUGCGCACAGUCCUAUUUGAAAUCGAGCCCUUUUUAAGUUCAUGCAUUUUAAUACACGUUUCUAUUGUGCUAAGAUUGCGGGGUGGGAAUGAGAGGUUGGGUUGGGGUAGAUAAGGGUUUUCUUUUAUUCAUUUUUGUAUAAGAAGUGCUUUACAAAUAAAGACUGACUGACUGAUUGAUUGAUUGAUUGAUUGAUUGAUUGAUUGAUGGCAUCCUUUAUUUUUAUUCUUUAUUCACUUUAAACUUCUUGUUACCAACAGUUGCCAUUGCCAAUAACCUGGCCUGCAAAGGGUUGGAUAAGAUUGAGAAAACUCUGCCGAUUCUUCAUCAGCCGUCUGAGCAGGUAUGAAGUGGAUAUGUGAAUAACUUUAACAAUGAUGCUGACGUCUGCUGUGUGUUUAGUAAUUUCUAGAAUGCUGUCGCAACUUCUGAGGAAGUAAUGCACCCCUGUCCUUUCCCAACUUUAGCUUUACUGUAAUCUAAAAAGGAAAGGAGAUACAUAUCAAGAAUUUAUUAUUUCAUUUUUUUAAUUUAAAAAAUUUUAACUUUUUUUUUUAAAUUUAAUUUAAUAUUUAUCUCCUUUCCUAUUCUUGUAUAUAGUUUUCAUUACACUGUCUAUACUCACUGCACACAGUAUUUUAUUUCAUCUUGUUUAUAGACGUACCUAUUAUUUUUUUUCUUACAACUAUUUUGUACUUUACUUCAGUCUCUGUUUUUUUUUUUUUAUAUAUCUAUCGCACUGAAAAUGGAGAAGCUCUCCAAUCUCAUUGUACCUUCAGUAUAAUGACAAUAAAGGGGAUUCUGAUUCUAUUAUUUUGUUUUCUCAGAUUGUUUCCAGUGCCAAGGAUGUGGUUACCAGUGCCAAAGAUGUUGUGACAGGAAAAGUGUCAGGUGCCAAAGACACCGUUUCAGACACACUGACCAGCGCUGUGGAGAAGACUCGAGGGGCGAUGCACGGAGGGAUGGAGAAGACCAGAGCGGUCGUCAGCGGAGGUGUGGUCACAGUGUUGGAAAGCAGAGUGGUGCAGCUGGUCAGCAGCGGCGUGGACACAGCCCUCAGCACCUCUGAGAGUCUGGUGGAGCAGUAUCUGCCUCUGACAGAGGAUGAGCUGGGUGAGUUAAAACACCUACAACCAAUCAUGUCUCAUCCUUUUUUAGUGAACAGCUUCAUGACUUUGAAAUUAUCUUUUUAAAAUAAAAAGCAAAUAAAGUUGAGAUUAAAGUUGUUUUUCUGUAACAAGCUGUACCAGGGGUCAGCCUUUACCAAGCUGCUAAAGUAUGUGUUAAUAAUGGAUUUGGUCCAGUCUCCAGAAAAGCAGAUCUAACCAGAUAAUGCUGUCAUUUUGUUUUUUUGCAUCAUAAAAGGGAUCAUUGUUUCAAACAAACUGUGUUAAGAAUAAACAGUCUUGUUGAUUUAGAGAGAUCCAUUUGGAAAAAACUGACCAGUGCUUAAUUACAUUCUUCAUGGCUUUAAAGAACAUUCAGAAACAUUACAGCGUAUCCUGAACAGACCUCAAAAGUGGUCUGAUGUUAUUUAUCCCCUUUUUCCCACCUCAUGACAGAGAUGGAGGCGAAAAAUGUGAGUGGCUUUGACAACAAGGAGACGAGCUACUAUGUUCGGCUCGGUUCCCUCUCCACCAAGCUUAGGAAGCGGGCGUACAACGGGGCCCUGACCAAAAUCCAAGACGGCAAGGAGAGAAGCAGGAAAUUCAUUUCUGAGCUGAACACCACUGUUGACCUGGUAUGUCAUUAACUGGAUUUUUGGUACAAUGAAUAAUUUAACUGCUUGUGAAGAGAAAUUAAACAUUUUAUGUGUUUGUUUUCAUCAGAUUGAAUAUGGCAGAAAGAAUAUUGGCGGGGCUAACCAGAUGGUAAAUGAUAAGCUAAGCUCUCUGGUGGGGUGGAAGUCCAGUGGUUCAAACCAGGACAACAGUCAUGAGGCAGAGGUAAGGGGGUGUACACUAAAAACAUUCAAGUUUUUUUUAGGUAAAAUGUUUAACAUAGCAGUCUUCUUUGUGUUUGAAAAACUUCAAGUAAGAUCAUUUCUAUUCACUCCCUCCACUCAGGCAAUCGAGUCUCGCACCCUGGCUCUGGCUCGUUCCCUCACCAAGCAGCUCCAGACCACCUGUCAAGGCCUCGUCUCCAGCCUCCAGGGUCUCCCGAACAACAUCCAGCAGGAGGCGCUCUCCCUCAGUGGUUCUGCCACACACAUCUACAACAGCUUCAGCAAAGCAAAGGUGCUGGGAGACCUGCCUGACAGUGUGCUGACCAGCAGCAAAGUCCACCUGAACCAGAUGAAAGAUUCCCUAGACCACGUCAUGGAUUAUCUGAUCAAUAACACGCCACUUAACUGGCUGGUCGGUCCGUUUUACCCCCGCAUGGAGCCAGAACCGAGCCAGAAACCAGUCUCUGCGACCUGCUGCUCACCAACAGCUCCCUCCGGCCAGACACACUCAGAAGAGCCUAUGGAAGUGGAGAUGCAGUCCUUUCAGUCAAAGCCGCACUAAUGGUCUAUUACUGCUUUCAUUCCCUAAUUUUAAAGUUACUGUUUUAGAAGAAAAGAUUAACUUUCUUUUAAUCCUUUUUUUUAUUUUUUACAAAUAUAUUUUGAUCAAAUCUCUUACAGUUAAGUUCUGUUAAUUCUCUGCAUAGUUUUACAAUACUGGCAAAGCCUUAACCUGCUGUUAUCUCAUAAUAAACAUCACUGGAAUGAGAAA